UGUGGGAGGUCGGAGAAAAAGAGGGAUGGACAUCAUUUCGCAGUGAGCAGACUUUUCAGGGCUGAGUAAAAAAACGGUCAGUAUUACUGAGCAGGGAGGGCGGAUGCUCGGAAACUCUUCACUCUUACUUUCCUCUCCGGACUUUGUCUCCCCUUUUCUUCCUCUCUGUAUUCCUAACACAAGAUAAACUCGGGAUUACACAUUCUGACGCUGAGGAGAAGAUGAAGUCCCACACGUUUUUCCUUGCCACCUGUGUGACCCUGCUCUCGCUGUGUCAUGCUACUCCGCUGUUCUACAACAUCUCCAUGGACGGCAGUGGGGAUGAAGCCGAGCUGGAGCUCCUUCCUAUCUCCUUCACCACUCGAGCCCCCGUUCUCAUCUCUGCUGCUACUGGACCCCCCAGCCUCACCGCCACCAUCACCAACACCAUCACCACCACCAUGAUCCGCCUGAAGGACUUUGUCUUCACCCGAGUGGUGGACUUCCUGCAGGAGCAUCUGCUCAUCAUCAUCGUUGUGACCUCUCUACUCAUCGUCAUGGUCUUCAUCAUCUGCUGUGCCUCUGCCAUGAGUCAGAAGCGUAAGCUGGAAGCCUACAAACCCCUCCCUAACUCAAACAAGAAGCUUGCGGCAAGCAAAACAAACGCACCCAAGAACUCCAGUGAGCCCGUGGAGAGGCCCUACGCUGUGGACCACGUCAAGAGGGUCCAGACUCAGAGCAUGGCCUCCCCCAAGACCCUGCGCCAGCCCUCCAAGGCUCUGGUGGGAGAGAGGGGGCGGGACGUCCGGUCGUCGCCUCGCCAGGAGGUGAGGAAGGUCCGGGAGGUCGAGGAGGUGGAAAAGAGCCAAGAGGAGCCCAAGCAGAAAGAGCAGCCGAGGCCCAGGGAGGAGGUGCAGCAGAGCCCCAGCACCAGCGCCGCCUGCACCGCCUGCACCUGCCACCUGAAGAAGGGUCACCACUAGGGGUCAGGGCUGAUGGUGGCAACCAUGACAGAACAACAAGAUCUGACAGGUUAUACUGUACACAUUUGGAAAUAAAUCAUUGGGAUUGAAAUCUGAAAUACCUUUGGAUAACAACAGCCAGCAGGAAAUGUAUUUGUAAAGCUCAUGCCCAAAAUAUAAUUCAUCUGAUGUAAAAAUGAAAUUAAAAGUUAAACUAUUGAAUUUAGCUGCAUACAUCCUGUCUACAAAAGUUGCAUCUCAAAGUUUUUGAUUUAUAUAAAGGGUUAAAAAGCCAACAAUUGAUAAUGGCUUUUUCUUUUUACCUGCUGACAACCUUUCAGUUUAAAGAGGCUCAGUGGUCCUUAGUCUUGCAGUGGUUGGCCAGUAGGUUUUUUAAAAAUUAUUAUAAGAUAAGUACGUCAUUGUGUUCAGAAAGAUUAUCAUUAUUGCAAUACUAAGUCAAUAUUUUGAGACAGAUAUAAUGCAUGGAUCUUUUAUCCAUCACAAGGCAUAUUUGUGUCUUAUCUUUUGUAUUUAAGUGACUAAUAUAAUGUUACUGUGCCAUUAAGGUAGCAUCACUUGAAACCGUGAAAUACCAUUUUCUUUAUGGAUACAAUCGUUUUUUAAAGAGAAAAAUAAAAAUGAUGAUAAAUGGGCAGCCAUUGGUUUUCCAUGGCUCCCUAAAAGCAAUGACAGAUCAGUAUCCGGGUGUUGUUGACACAGAGAUGUGUGACUCAUGCCUGCCUUGACGAGGGAUCUCCUCGUACGUCCUGCUGUUCGCCUCGGCGUCUCUCUUGCGGCUCAGAGCUCUGACCUCUUUAGAGCUCACCUCUGCUGCUGUAAAUAAAGCAAAGUGAGAAGCCAGAAGCCGGAUUGUUCUAACAAAACAAUAUCUUUUUAUUUACCUUCAUAUUUACUUAUCUUCGUUUGUUAUUUCAUUUUUUACGUCAUAUCCUAUUGCUUUUUACUUCACAAACCUAAUUCACAAAGCUUUACACCAAAAGC